UUGCAAACCUACAACUACUCAUUAUUACCUAAAAACGCAUUAAUAUUAUUUAAACAGUAAUUAAAUUACAAUUAAAACAAUGAGAUCCGUAUUAUUGUCGUGUUUAGUGGUAUUGUGCGGAUUGUAUGCCAUCAGGUGUGCGACCAUUAACUUUCAGGCCUGGCGUACAUCACAGGUGUACAAGAAUUUUGACCUCAAAUGCAACUAUACUUUGGUCCGAAAAUCUGAAUUCUUCUCGAGUCUCAGUAUAAUCGUAAACAACACCAUAUUCUACACCUAUAACAACCAAACCGUCCGAAAUCCCACUUUCUACAAAAUCAAGGGCAUUGAUUCAAUUGUGAAAAAAUCACCAGGCUACAUAGCCAUCAAUAAUGCCAACAAGACUACCUCCGGUCUAUACAGGUGUCAAGUGAACUACAGCUCCGGCAGAANAGGCUACAUAGCCAUCAAUAAUGCCAACAAGACUACCUCCGGUCUAUACAGGUGUCAAGUGAACUACAGCUCCGGCAGAAGUAUUGUCUCACAACAGUAUAACAUAACUAUUCCCAAAUAA